AUGAUUGACCUGAUUAUAUAUAAAUACAAACUACUCUUUCCUCAGGUACUGUUGGUAAGCAGCAGUCGCUAUCCAGAUCGUUGGAUUGUCCCAGGUGGAGGUCUGGAGCCAGAGGAGGAGCCCAGUGCAACAGCUGUUCGAGAAGUUUUUGAAGAGGCUGGAGUUAAAGGCACGUUGGGUCGAAUGCUGGGUGUGUUUGAAAACUUUGAGAGGAAACACAGAACAUUUGUUUAUGUCCUGACUGUGACUGAGGUCCUGGACGAUUGGGAGGACUCUGUUAGCAUCGGGCGGAAGCGCUGCUGGUUCAGCAUUGAGGAAGCUGUUCAUGCUUUGCAGGGACACAAACCAGUGCAGGCAUCCUACUUCCAGAGUCUGAGGCAGAACUGCCACCCUAACAAUGGAGCCAUCCCCCUGCCUAGUCAGAGUUCCCUUCCGGAUGUCAGAUGA